AUGGAGGCUCGCACGAAUAACAAUCCCCGUUCAUUUGUUUCUAGCGAAACCAUCUCGAAGCGCUCAUUCAGAGUAUUUCCCGCGCAAGCCACUAGGAAACAAACGAACCAGAAAGUCCACACAGAUCGUUACGAUGGAUGGGAUGCUGACUUGCCAAAUGAGGAUACCGCCGUCGACUGCAGCCAGAACAGGCGUAGCCUUCAUUGGCUUGCUCUGCACCAUCUGAAGAAAGCUAAGGAAGUAUCCGUGGCCCUCUCUGGCAUAUGGAAUACGUUUUCCGUCGCAGCGAACAAAGCAUUCACACCGCUCCAGCUCCAGGAGGUUCAUGCGUUCUGCAAGGUUCAGGAGAUGGACAAGAAGGAGCCGGAGGUCGACGACCUCGUGAAGGUGCUCGCUGAGACUCUUGAGACCGGCACGCUUGAAGAGGUCAUGGAAAAGACUUACGACCUCCAGGUUCAGUCUCCAUCAUUGCGGCGUAUUCUUCACGUCCUCCAGGUCAUCAUCAGGAAUAUCAUCAGGUCACUGCAUGGCAAAUGGAAUCCGUUCGAAGCGGAUGCUCUCCAUGUUUGGUCGAGCAUCUUCCGUGAGGGUCUGCCGAUGGACACGCCAGUCGGCAACAUCGAGUGUAAGAAGGCAGGCUCCGCUAAGGUUGAGGUUGCUUCACAGUUAAGAAAAAACCUGAAGAUCAAUAAGAGCAUCCUGCUGGAGCUGGAGAGAUAUGAGCUGGAGUGCCCGCUGUUGUUGAGCAUCCACGGUCUGUCGGCAACAAUCUUCAAGAUCGUCAAGUACAAGGACAAUUGGAUUGGAGCAGAGGCAUGCGAUCCAGGAGAGUUUGAGCACUUCCUCUCGGACCACCUACAGCUCCGUGAAGUGAAUAGAUCCAAGUUCCGCAAGAAAGCUGUCGAAGACGACGAGGAGGACCAGGGGUCGCAGAAUGUAAUGGAAACCUUGGAGUGGGAGAGUGUCGUCGUCCACACUCCUACGAAGCCUGCAAAGUCGAAACUAUUGGAGAAACUGAAGAGAAUAAGUGAAUAG